AUGGUAGGUAAUUUGUGGAGCUGUCCUUAUGUGGAUUGGGUGGCCUUGGAUGCUGUCCAGACAGCCAGAGGGGUUGUGAUGAUGUGGGAUAGAAGGGUUUUAGAGAGGACGGAGGUUUUGGUGGGCUCUUUCUCAGUGUCUAUUCGGUGGCAAGGGGUGGGGGACGGUUUCAGUUGGGCGUGUUCGGGGGUUUAUGGCCCAAUAGAUAACAAUGCGAGGGGAUUAAUGUGGGACGAGUUGGCAGGUGUUCAGCAUUACUGGAAUGUCCCUUGGUGUUGCAUUGGGGAUUUCAAUAUUGUCCGCUUCCCUAGUGAGCGGUUGGGUAACUCCCGUCUUACUCCGGCUAUGGAACUUUUUUUGGAGUUCAUUAAGGAUCUUAAUUUGAUAGAUUUACCUUUGGAGGGAGGGAGCUUUACUUGGUCUAGCAGGUCAGAAAGGAGCUUUACUUGGUCUAGCGGGUCAGAAAGGCCUUCGAUGUCCAGGAUUGACAGAGUUUUGGUGUCUCAUGAUUGGGAGGAGCAAUAUCCGGAUGUGACCGAACGGAUUCUCCCUCGUCCUGUUUCUGACCAUUUUCAAAUUCUAGUGGAGGUAGGGGGAAUGGCGAGGGGGAAAAGUCUGUUUAGGUUUGAGAAUAUGUGGCUUAAGACGGAUGAGUUUACCGAUAUAGUUCAGUCUUGGUGGAGUCAGCAUUCUUUCUCUGGCACUCCUAGUUUUGUUUUUGACAAAAAGUUGAAUGCUUUGAAAGAGGACAUCGUUCAGUGGAACCGAUUGGAGUUUGGUCAUGUUGGACGCAAAAAGACUCAUUUAUUAGAGACUUUGAAAUCGUUAGAUGUCAAGGAAGGGGAGAUUGGCCUCUCAGAGGCAGAGAUUUGUGAGAGAGCUGUGAUGAGAUCGGAAGUGGAAAAUCUUCUCUCUAUGGAAGAAAUCUCUUGGAGACAGAAAUCAAGGAUGCUAUGGCUUAAGGAAGGAGAUAAAAAUAAAAUUUUUUUCCAUAAGGUGGCUAAUUCCCGUAGACGGUUUAAUCAUCUGAGUUUUGUGGAGGUGGACGGGGUGAUUUAUGAGGAGGAAUCUGAGGUGGCUGUUCAGGUAGUAAAUUUUUAUAAAAAUUUGUACCAGGAGUCAGAGGAGUGGAGGCCUUUUGUGGAAGGUUUGGAGUUUGAUCAGCUUGAUGGGUUGGAGAGGGGUUGGCUUGAAAGGAGGUUUGAGUAG